GAGAGACCCUUUGAGUGCGCUGAGUGUGGCAAGGGUUUCACUCGCAUGUCCCACCUGCUGGAGCACCGGCAAAUCCACACUGGCCAGCGCCCCUUCACCUGCCCGCUCUGUGGCAAGGCCUUUGCCCGCUCCUCCAGCCUGCUGACCCACCUGCGGGUGCACACGGGAGAACGCCCCUUCGACUGCUCGGACUGCAGCAAGAGUUUCAACACGGCGAGUGGCCUGGAGACCCACCGGCGGUUGCACACGGGCGAGAAGCCCCAUGUCUGCUCCACCUGCGGCAAGAGCUUUGCCCGGGUGUCGGCGCUGUGGGUGCACCGGCGGGUGCACAGCAGUGAGCGGCCCUUCACCUGCCCCGACUGCGGCAAAAGCUUCAAGUUGUCCGCGGACGUGAAGGUGCACAGGCGCGUGCACACCGGCGAGCGCCCCUACACCUGUAGCUACUGCGGCAAGGGCUUCACCCGGUACAGCGGCCUGCAGAAUCACCAGUCCACCCACACCGGCGAGCGCCCCUACACCUGCGCCCAGUGCGGCAAGGGCUUCACCCACUCCACCAGGCUGCAGAAUCACCAGCGCACCCACACUGGCGAGCGCCCCUACACCUGCGCCCAGUGCGGCAAGGGCUUCACCCUCUCCAGCACCCUGCUGAGGCACCAGCGCUCCCACACCGGCGAGCGCCCCUACACCUGUAGCGACUGCGGCAAGGGCUUCACCCAGAACAGCGGCCUGCAGAAUCAUCAGCGCACCCACACCGGCGAGCGCCCCUACACCUGCGCCCAGUGCGGCAAGGGCUUCACCCAGUACAACAGCCUGCAGAAUCACCAGCGCACCCACACCGGCGAGCGCCCCUACACCUGCGCCCAGUGCGGCAAGGGCUUCACCCACUCCACCAGGCUGCUGAUACACCAGCGCACCCACACCGGCGAGCGCCCCUACACCUGCGCCCAGUGCGGCAAGGGCUUCACCCUCUCCAGCAGCCUGCUCAGGCACCAGCGCACCCACACUGGCGAGCACCCUUACACCUGCGCCCAGUGUGGCAAGGGCUUCAUCUGCUCCUCCACCCUGCAGAAGCACCAGCGCACCCACACCGUUGAGCGCCCAUACACCUGCGCCCAGUGCGGCAAGGGCUUCACCCAGUCUAGUCACCUGCUGGUUCACCAGCGCAGCAUCCACACCGGUGAGCGCCCAUACACCUGCGCCCAGUGCGGCAAGGGCUUCACCCAGUCUAGUAACCUGCUGCUUCACCAGCGCACCCACACCGGCGAGCGCCCCUACACCUGCGCCCAGUGCGGCAAGGGCUUCACCCGCUCCAGCCACCUACAGAGUCACCAGCUCACCCACAUCGGUGAGCGGCUCCCCUACACCUGCACCCAGUGCGGCAAGGGCUUCAUCCAGUACGGCACCCUGCAGAAGCACCAGCGCACCCACACCGGCGAGCACCCCUACACCUGCGCCCAGUGCGACAAGGGCUUCACCUGCUGCUCCGCGCUGCUGGUGCACCAGCGCACACACACCGACGAACGCCCCUACACCUGCGCCCAGUGCGGCAAGAGCUUCACCCAGUCUACUCACCUGCUGCUUCACCAGCGCAUCCACACCGGCGAGCGCCCCUACACCUGCGCCCAGUGCGGCAAGGGCUUCACCCAGUCCUCCAUCCUGCUGAAUCACGAGCGCAUCCACACCGGCGAGCGCCCCUACACCUGCGCCCAGUGCGGCAAGGGCUUCACCCGCUCCAGCCACCUGCUGGUUCACCAGCGCACCCACACCGGCGAGCGCCCCUACACCUGCGCCCAGUGCAACAAGGGCUUCACCCGCUCCAGCAGCCUGCAUAAGCACCAGCGCACACACACCGGCGAACGCCCCUACACCUGCGCCCAGUGCGGCAAGGGCUUCACCAAGUCCAGCAGCCUGCAGAAGCACCAGCGCACACACACCGGCGAGCGCCCCUACACCUGCACCCAAUGCGGCAAGGGCUUCCCCAGUCCCAGCAGCCUGCAGAAGCACCAGCGCACACACACCGGCGAGCGCCCCUACACCUGCGCCCUGUGCGGCAAGGGCUUCACCCAGUCCUCCAACGAGCACCAGCGGAUACACACCGGAGAGAGACCCUUAGUGUGCGCUGAGUGUGGCAAGGGUUUCACUCGCAUGUCCAGCCUGUGGCAGCAAUAUCGUACCCACAGCGGUGAGCGUCCCUUCCCCGGCCUGUCCUGUGGUAAGGGCUACACCCGCCUUGACCACCUGCUGGAGCACCGGCGAAUCCACACUGGCCAGCGCCCCUUCACCUGCCCGCUCUGUGGCAAGGCCUUUGCCCGCUCCUCCAGCCUGCUGGCCCACCGGCGGGUGCACACGGGAGAACGGCCCUUCGACUGCUCGGACUGCGGCAAGAGUUUCAAGACGGCGGAUGUCCUGGAGACCCACCGGCGGGUGCACACGGGCGAGAAGCCCUAUGGCUGCUCCACAUGUGGCAAGAACUUUGCCUUGUUGUCUGGGCUACGGCAGCACCGGCAGUUGCACACGGGCGAGAAGCCCCAUGUCUGCUCCACCUGCGGCAAGAGCUUUGCCCGGGUGUCGGCGCUGUGGGUGCACCAGCGGGUGCACAGCAUGCACACCAGCGAGCGCCCUUACACCUGUAGCGACUGCGGCAAGGGCUUCACCCAGUACAGCGGCCUGCUGGAUCACCAGCACACCCACACCGGCGAGCGCCCCUACACCUGCGCCCAAUGCGGCAAGGGCUUCCCAACCUCCACCAGGCUGCUGGUUCACCAGCUCACCCACACCGGCGAGCGCCCCUACACCUGCGCCCAGUGUGGCAAGGGCUUCACCCAGCCCUCCAACCUGUAUAGGCACCAACGCACCCACACCGGCAAGCACCCCUACACCUGCGCUCAAUGCGGCAAGGGCUUCCCCAGCUCCACCAGGCUGCUGAAUCACCAGCGCUCCCACACUGGCGAACGCCCCUUCACCUGCGCCCAGUGCGGCAAGGGCUUCACCAACUCUGGCUCCCUGCAGAGGCACCAGCGCACCCACACCGGUGAGCGCCCCUACACCUGCGCCCAGUGCGGCAAGGGCUUCACCAACUCUGGCUCCCUGCAGAGGCACCAGCGCACCCACACCGGGGAGCGCCCCUACACCUGCGCCCAGUGCGGCAAGGGCUUCACCCAGUCCUCCAACCUGCUGGAGCACCAGCGCACCCACACUGGCGAACGCCCCUUCACCUGCGCCCAGUGUGGAAAGGGCUUCACCAUCUCCGCCACGCUGCUGGUGCACCAGCGCACCCACACCGGCGAACGCCCCUACACCUGCGCCCAGUGUGGCAAGGGCUUCACCUGCUCCAUCAGGCUGCUGUCCCACCAGCGGGUUCACACCGGUGACCGUCCAGUCCCCAGCCCAGUGUGUGGAGAGCACUCUGCCAUGGACUCCCACUCCCUGUGUCACCAGCACAUGCACACCAGUGUCCCGCCCUACGACUGCCCGUACUGCGGUGAGUCGUUUGACAGCUCGCGGGGGUUGCGGCAUCACCAGCGGACCCACGUCGGCGAGCAGCUGCUCCCACUGUGACAAGAGAGCACGGGGGCGGCGGGAGCACCAGCGGAUACACACCGGAGAGAGACCCUUUGAGUGCGCUGAGUCUGGCAAGGGUUUCACUCGCAUGUCCAGCCUGUGGCAGCAAUAUCGUACCCACAGCGGUGAGCGUCCCUUCCCCGGCC